UGUAUUUGUUGUUUCUCGAACUUUAAAAAAAAAAUUAGUUUUAAAAAAGUCGGGGUAGGAGCUACUCGAGAUUGGACAGGAAAACCUAAACUUUUAACAUUUAGGGGGUCCCUGGUACUAGUAGCAAAGUCCAAAGUUUGAAGAAAAAAAAUAAAUGUACCGUCCAAAAUGUGUACAGCUUAACUGUAGUUUGAGGCCCAUAGUUAAUGUGAGAAAGGAAAGGCAGUGAAAUUUUGUCAACAUGAAGUGUAGCCAUCAAUUUGAAAAGUUUUUUUUUCUUCUUCAAAUCAGAAAAAAUAGGGUCGGGAAAUCCCAGAAACAACAAAUAAAAUUGGUGUGGCCUUAACAAGUUUUGCGCACAUAACAUCAGUCACGUUUUGUCAUGUGUGUCUUUGUAGCCGCACCUCUUUUGCAUGCCUCAUUAAUGCAGCCAAGACAGUUCCAAUCAAGAGGUCUGGAGAUAUUGUUGAGCUCGACUCGCCAGAAAUUCAAUCACGGAUUUCCUGUGAGGUUUCUGGAAGAUGUCAUCCCGGAAGCUGUUCCCAUACAGCGGCGAAGCGCUGGAAGGUUCUGCGCGUAACCAUGGAGACCGGCGAAUCUCCUUGGUGCUGUCAGGACUGGCGGCUGUGGUGACUCUUGUCGCCCUGCUGUUCAUGAUGCGGGAGAUGGCCUCGAUGCGGGACCAACAGGCGACCUUCAUGAAAGAUGUACAGGACCAACUGCAGGGCCUGAUGCAGUGGAAGCAAGAGCAGGGAUUAAGGACUGCUGCGCUGCUCAGCCCUGAGGGCCCAGCUAAGGACGUGGGCUCAACUGAAGGCUGGCGACCUGAAGGCAGCGCCACCUUUUGGAAAAGUGGAGAAGUGCAUCACAGAGCCAAGAGGGCAUCAAAUAGUGUCCUUUUAGAGUGUUCCUGUACGGAGUCAACACCUGCAACCUCCGUAACCACGCCUACAGACCCACAGGUCACCACUGGGACACCUCAGACCACACCUGACGUAACCAUGGUUACCGCUGGGACACCUCAGACCACACCUGACGUAACCAUGGUUACCACUGGGACACCUCAGACCACACCUGACGUAACCAUGGUUACCACUGGGACACCUCAGACCACACCUGACGUAACCAUGGUUACCACUGGGACACCUCAGACCACACCUGACGUAACCAUGGUUACCACUGGGACACCUCAGACCCCACCUGACGUAACCACGGUCACCACUGGAUUACCUCAGACCACACCUGAGGUAACCACGGUCACCACUGGAUUACCUCAGACCACACCUGACGUAACCAUGGUUACCACUGGGACACCUCAGACCACACCUGACGUAACCAUGGUUACCACUGGGACACCUCAGACCACACCUGACGUAACCAUGGUUACCACUGGGACACCUCAGACCACACCUGACGUAACCAUGGUUACCACUGGGACACCUCAGACCACACCUGAGGUAACCACGGCUGCAGCUCCUCCCACAGGAGGCAACUGGACUGUGAUCCAGCGGCGGCAGGACGGGUCGGUUCCCUUCAACCGGACCUGGGAGGAGUACAGACUGGGCUUUGGGAACACGAGCGGGGAGUACUGGCUGGGGAACGAGAACAUCCACCUCCUGACCAGUCAGAAGGAUUAUACCCUGCGAGUGGAUUUGAUGGACUGGGGAGGAAAUUCUUCUUACACAGAAUACAGCUUCUUCAGGGUGUCCAAUGAGUCUGACCAGUACCGGCUGCACAUUUCCGGGUAUUCAGGCCCCGCGGGGGACGCCAUGGCUGGAAGGCUCUCUCUAGACGGGCAGAGGUUCUCCACUGUGGACAGGGACAAUGAUGCCAGCAGCAGCCAGCAUUGUUCUCAGAAGUACGGACAGGCCGGCUGGUGGUUUGGGGAUUACGAAUGCACCUGGUCCUCCCUCAAUGGGCUCUACCUGGGCAACUGUGGGGACUUCUGUCCGUCCGAGCAAGGUGUCCUGUGGGUCGACUGGAGAGGCUGGACUUACUCCCUGAAGUCUGUGUCUAUGAAGAUCAGGCCAAAUUGAUUAGUAAUACUGCAUUUGCUCUAAUAGUAAUACAGCUGAUCACACCCAGUUAUCCACAAAUUACUUAAUCCUACAUACAUGUAGUCCUGACGAAGUAUAUUCUGUAUUGUGGGGGCUUUGUUACAAACUUUGUUUGUUAUAAACUUAAACCAGAAUCCGUGAGGUUUAGUGAGAACCCAUUGCUAACUGGAUAAUAUAUGUUCAGAUAUACAAUGUAGUUGUCUUGGAGCAGACUGUGAAAUGAUGAGGAUCUGACAAUACCUACUAGUAGAAAUGAAUAACUGGCAGAUGGUUAGAAAAAAUAUUGAAGUAUUAUUACUGAUGCUGAUUUAACAAAUUAGUCCUUUUAUUUUAGUCAUGCAAUUCUUUCGCAGCGUAUUUCAAAAAGGGACUUACAUGUAACUUUGACAUGAGUGAGUGAGUAGCUAAGUGUGAGUGGGUUGGUAGUAGGUGCACAUGGGUGUUUAGAGAGUGAGUGUGAAAGUUGGUUCAUUAAGGAUGUUAGGCCAUGUUGAUUAAAUACUAUAAAACAUCCUGGGACCCCAAAACUGAAGGGUUUGAGCAUGCAAAAAAUAUUUGGGCAAAAAGAUGUUGCCUUCAUCAUGAAAUCUAAGUG